GGCGAGCUGAGAUGGCGAUCUUUGAACAGUUGGGCGUCAACAGUUUCCCUACUGGAGGUGAAUUUAGUACAAUUUGCUGAAAAGCUUCAGGUUCUCCUUGUCAUCUAUUUACAGACCAGAUCCGUCGCUGAGCGAACCCAGUGAAAGCUAAAGAUCACUCAUGCGGAACCAAUAAGCUCAUGGCGUGAGUCAAGUCAGCUGGAAACCCCGUCACGUGACGCGAUAAGAAAACAACACUUCUCGAACGCUAUUGUGAAGUUCAUUCAAAUCAAAUAUGUACGCAGCGCAAUAAACACCGGUCGCCUUCAGGAGUAAAAUAAAUCGUUUUUAAUUCCUUCUGGUCGCAUUUCUGGACACUAUGGAUGGCCUAUAUCUUAAAAUAACCCAGGAUUUUACACCUGACCCCAAGGAAGCAAGGUUCGGUGGUAAAGAUGCACCGAUGGCUGUAGAAAAGGGCGAUAUUAUUUUUGACGUUCGGAAACGCGGGGAUGGAUGGAUGUAUGGCAAGAAUUUAAACAGUGGAAAGGUUGGAAAAUUUCCUGAAAGUUGCGCGGCGAAACUGACUGGAAAUAACAAGAUGGGGAGCGGCUCGGGAAGUCCAGAUUCUGACAAGAAAGACGAGAAAAAAGAUGACAGAAAACCCGCCGUAAAUAACGAAUUAGGCAAAGAGAAGCCCGCAUGGCUUCAGAAUCGAACGAAUACGCCUAUUACGAAGAAAGCGCCGCUUUACCCGAAACCUUUUGCCGGAAAUAUGAGGCAACCGCAAGAGAAAGAGAAAGAGGAAAGGAAGGAAACGUCGGGUGACUCAGGAGUUGUAGAAGAUUCUCCAGAUGGAAAUUACUGCAAUGAUGAUGAAAAGCCAACGAACCGAGACGCUUCGAAAACCGGAAAUACUGUCAAGGAUGAUAAACAUGAGCCAAAGAUUGGACUGAGAUCUCUUCAGACAGUUCACAAACAGAAACCAGAAGCUAAGGCGACUGAAACCGACCGAGUUAAGGCGAUCGGAAGGCCUUUCAAAUUGAACUUAAGCAAGAGUGGCGAAGGAUCAAAACCGAGUGAACCCAGAGCUGUGCCACGGUUGAAUACGAAGAAUACAACAACGGCAGCGAGAGACACUCCGCGAUCACUACAACCCACGCCACAGGAAGAUUUGAACGAAGACCAAAACUACGAACCGAUUGAAAAGAGCGAGAAGAAAAAACCUCAGGCCAAAGAAACGCCUAAACCUGUUCAACCGAAGGAAGAACCCAAAACAGCCGAUAUCACGGCGGCUAAAAUUAAUCCGAUAGGCAACCAAAAGAAAGUUGACGAGAAAACUCAAUCAAACGUGACCAACAAGAGCUCUGCUGGGGGCGCUGCAGUUAAUAUUCAAGAAAACCCUUUGUCGAAGGACGAAGGUAGUAUUUAUCAAGUACCCAGUGUUGUUCCUCCUAAACCUGCCCGAUCGAACGUUCCAGGGUGCGCAGAGUGUAACGAACCUCACAUCUACGACACGCCAAUGCAUUACAAGACUCCACCGUCAUCGCCAUCGACAGGCAAGCGAGAUAACUAUGAGCCAACGAUCAAGAAACCGAAAGAGGAGAAAUAUAAAAGAAAAGGCGGUUCGACAAGUCUGAAGCCAACAUCAUCGGUGAUCAGGAAAACGAAAGAGCAGAUGAAGCACAGAAUGGCUUCUUACGAGAGCAUAGAAGCUGAAGGAAGACGCUCCACUGAGAGUAUCAAAGAUGCGGUGCGCGCGGUGAAUGAAACCAAAGAGAAGUUACUAGCGCCGAACAAGCGGCCGAAGAUACGAAUUUUAAUGGGCAUGCUUUUAGGAUUAUUGCUGGGUGUGUUCAUAUUUUUGACGUUGUACCUCUUGGCUCAAUUGCACGUUGUCGUUUGUGUCGUUUCCGCUCUGUUGAUUGGUUUUGUUGUGGCUACAAUCUUCGGUUUUCUGGACAGGACGCGUCUUCAGUGCAUCACGUUGCUUGUCUUUCCAAGCUUGUUUGGCUGUGGCGGAAAAAUUUCAUUCUGGUUGCUUAUCACGUUUUUUAUCGUUUCUGGUCCAGCGUGCAAUUUCAUUGACAAUGUACGCAUCGUCACGCAAAGCAGGGCCUGUGUAAUGGAAACGCACAACUUAGGAGUUAAUCGCAGUUCUAAUCUGUCUGAUUUUGUUUUCCUGGAUGGAAACAACCAUGCCGUUGUACAGCGUGUACUCAAAUAUGAGAACAUUUCGCACGCGGCGAGGAAUUACAUUGAAACUACUUUGCUGUCAUCAUCUGAUCGCCAAGAUAAGUCGUUUAAAAGCAAUUAUUCAUCUGAGGUCAUUUGCAUGAGUUAUCUACGUCGCGCAUACAACAUCUGUUCAAGUGAAGUGGACAACAUGUACACCAACUGUAUACGACUAAAGGCUUCAGUGAAAUGCGAAUUCCUGAUGCCGAAGAACGCGUGUGAUCACCUCUCUGACGCUCAAAUCCAAGAAACGUGCGAACACAUAAACAGCGCGAGUAACCACACGCUAUGGCAAAUUAAGAAAAUUUUGGAACAAAGCCCCGAACGAUUGAGAACAAAAGACAUGCCUCCAGACAGUGACCAUGCUACCAUUAUGGCGGGAGAGCUAUGUGGAUUUGUCAAGAUUAUCGCAAUGCUGUUGCCUUUGCUAGCGUUCCUUGUGUUGUACGAAGCAUACAGGUAUCACAAACUGUACUUGUCCUGGAACGAAUUUGACAAUCAUUUUCUUACGCUUCGCUUUAAGGCGAUUGAGGACAUGCGCAAGGCGAGCGGAGCCGCUGACUUGUUGGUACCUUUGAAAAAGGCAGAACUUCAGAAAUUCGUUCAACCAACGGCCUGCCAACUGGCCAAGUCUGAGAAGCGAAGCAUGCUGAAAUAUCUGCUGUUUUACUUCAUUUACUUGAUGUUCGCACUGAUGAUCAUCCUCUUGGAUCAUUACUUCUUUGUUGUGAUCACUGGCGAUAACGAAGUGCAGUCCAAUAUUUCCAAGAGGUGUAAUGGAGAUCUCAAGAAGUUAAAGAAGACGUAUAUUAUAAUCCUAUCUUCUCUGUUUGGAAUCUUGCUGUUGAUUAUCCUCCUCCAAGCUUUCAUCCUUCGCUUACGCCGCCUGAUCUCCUCGCGUUUCUAUCCAAGGAGAGAGAGAAAGCGUAUCGCUUACCUUUACUACAAACUUCUUGAAGAACGUAAAACAUUUUACAAGUCAGUCAUUGAGAGUAUGAAUAACUUCUCCGAAGAAACUGAGAUGCUCAAUAGACUGGACGCAGUGUUGGUUCUUUGUAAUACCUUCAGCUGGGUCAAAGCCGUGUUUGAGUUUGUUGGCAUCAAUAUCCGCAGGUGUGCUGUGUGUGGAACGGGGCUGAACAAGAAGUACCUUUACUGUGACACUGAGGACUGCGAUGUCAUCUACUGCCGAACGUGCUUCUGGGACCUGGAAAACAAGUGCCUGGGGUGCAUGCGCAGUAGCAAGAUGACGUCACGUUCGUCAAGUUUGAGUGGCCAAUCACAGAAGAGAAAGAACGAUUACGUCAAACCUGUUUGAUUUCACGAUUAACAUUGUUGUCCAGAACAUCAGCCAAGCUAUCAAGCAAACUGCCUAAUAGCUGCCUAUGAGACCGAAUUGAGGGGAGUUGGCCCAAGUAUUUAAACAAUAGAAAACUGCGCUCUUUAUAGAAUAGUGACCUCGAGAAACAUAUUGAAGGAGAUAACAACAAACGUUUUGCGCAUAUUUUAACAACAAACGUUUUGCGCAUAUUUCUUGAUUAGUGCCAUUUAAAUUUACGAAUUGUCAAUGCGUUCGGUUUUCGUUAACUUUAAGUAGCUGAUGUUGUUGCUUACAGUUUUACGGAGUUAGAAAUCAAGGCUUAAGUUAUCAUCAUUUACAAGAGUAAGGAGCAAAACAACGAAUAUACGAUUUUUGAGAUGAAGAACAGACUAUUUAAUGCUAAAGAUAAAAAGCGGAUUCGUAGUUGUGAGGAAAAAAGAGUAGAAAGAGGAACUGAAAUAAGGAUUUUCCCGCGUCGUUCUGGCCUUGACAUGCAGUGAAGCUUCCCCCGUUUGGAUCACUCUUUUUCCUGACUUAUAGGCGGACUUCGCGUUCAGGUCACGCUUUCUC